AUGUCUGCAAAUGUUCAUCAUGUCUCCAAUGGGACAGACUCCAGCAAUGACAUCGCUCCCAAAAUAAUUCUAUAUACCAAUCACGGCUGCCCAUGGGCCCACCGCGCCCACAUCACCCUCCGCGCCCUCAGAAUCCCAUACGAAGAAGUCAUCAUCCCUCUUGACCGUCCUCGCGAGCCUUGGUACCUCGAGAUAAACCCGCGGGGACUCGUCCCAAGCAUGAGAAUCUCCAAUGGCAUCCUGCAGGAUGAGAUCGUCACCGAAUCCGCUAUCGUCAGCACCUUCCUCGCGGAUAUGUUCCCCAACUCAAGCUUCUGGCCUGCGAGUAGGGAAAGUCCAACGAGUGCGUUGACGAGGGCAAGGAUAGCAUUCUUCGCCGAUACAUGGGUGGGGAAGAUCAAUACGCAUACGGUUCCGGUCAUGAUGGCGGAUGGGGAGGAGAAGGAGAAGCUGGGCGGGAAACUGGUCGAGGCUGUGAAGAAAGAGAUUGAGCCGAUGUUGGAGGGUGCUGGACCUUUCUUUGGAGGUAGUGAAAGCAUUACGCUCGCGGAGGCCUUGAUAGCACCAUUCGUGAUCCGAUGCCAGACGUAUGGCGAAACAGGUUUGAUUCCAAAGAGCGUGCUGAAGGGAUUUGAUGCAUUGCCCAAUUACAGCAGAUGGAGCAAGGCUGUCCGUGCAGAGGACAGCGUCACUUACGUCUUUGACGGACCGGCUAUUGCGGAAAAAAGUGCGGAGAGGAUCGAGGAGAGAAAGGCUAAAGCGAAGUAA